AUGGCCAGGGACUCCCUCGUACGAUACCACUCCGGUAGCAGCGACUCGAUGCUACUUGACGUGGCAGAUCUGGAUGCGCUCUUUGAUGCUCACGAUGCACAAGCUACGAGCCCACGAUUGGCAGAUUCUACACCAACUAACCCAAAGUCGAAGCGUAAAGUGGGUGAACUCAGAGUCGAAUGCCCGCUCACACCAGAGAUGUUGUCAGACUCACCCAUGAAGAAGCUCAAGUCGGUGACGUUCUCAGACACGAUUCUAGUGGGUCACAGCCUCCAACCAUGGCCUGAAGAUAAUUCUUCCGGCGCAUCUGACUCCCUGAGCGCAACAGGGGAGCUGGUUAAAGUGAUCGAGCCAACUGCGAAGGAAGCGAACAGAAAAGUGGUCAACGAGCGGUUGACCGGAGCUGACACCGUAUCCCGCGUCGAUGUUCCGGUCCUUGACUUCACGCUCCCAGUAGCGCCGUGGAACGAGUUCAGCCAAUGCAGGGACAAGGAGCGUCGCCGGGGCAUCACUGAGUUGGAGGCACAAACGCGAUUCCUGCAACGCGUGAAGCGCGACGACUUGAGAUCUGCGACCUCAUGGCGUGGCGUGUCUGAUCUUGAUCUGAGCUGGGGAUGGUUCGCGUCGCCCUCCCCCACUAUCAAGCUCACUGAGAAGCUGCAUGGCGAGACGGAGUUCGUCAAGGUUCAAGCUGAGCUCAAGACAGGCUACGUUGCAACAAGUGCGAAUGAGGUGUGGAAGAAAGAUGGGCUUCGUGUCCUUGAUGAGGAAGAAGACGACGAAGAGGAUGGGAUCGAGCCUGCUGACUUCGAGGAGCCCGACGAUGUUGAGGCUAUGAUCCGGAAGCGGAAACUGGAAUUACAAGAGCAAGACGAGUUGAUGGAAGCACAGCACAAACGCAGACAAGCCACAGCAAAAGCCUUGCGAGAGAGCUCGCAAGAUCCGCGUACGGCCCACCAUAGAUCGCCUGGGAGGGAGUCACGACCACUGCCCUUACCUCUAUCUCAGCACAAACCAGUUGAAAAGCAGAAGAACGCACCCACCGAGCUUCUGUUCGGUGGCUUCUCGGCAUCUACAGCACUGCACAAGUUCAUGGAGACGCAGGGCAAAGCCAUCAUGACUGCAAAAGCUGAUGUUCAGACGCACAUUCCUGCUACUCCUAACUCUCAUAUUACAUCGGCGCGCAACACUGAGCUGUCUGCCGGGCUGGGUCAAUCUCAAAUCGAGUCUCUCCACCCCAAAGUCGAGCUCAUUUACCGCGACUAUACUCUCCCUCAUUCCGCUGCAGUAGAAGCAGACAUCAUUCUCUCGCCCUCAACCGGUGUCCUGCUCACCAGCCUACAACAGAUCAAACAAGCACCGCUUCCCGGCCAAGUAGCACGCUCGCCAGUCAAACAACGCAUCGCGGCCCUGCAAGAGCGGUACGAGCGACUCCUUGUCCUGGUCAGUGAGGGCCUGCGAGAAGACUCAGGGCACACCCGACCCGAGGACACGCGGGACACGGAGAGUCUGAGCAGCCUCGAGGUCUUCGCAGCUCAGCUUGCAGGCGAUGCAGUCAUCCACUAUAUCCGAGGCGGCGAGCAGACGCUCGCGAGAAGCAUUGUGCAGAACAUGGCGAAAUACGGACUCCCGCAUGGCGGGCAGGAUAUCGGCGAUAUCAAGCUGCUUGCUGUAGAGACCACCUGGGAAGUCUUUCUCCGCCGUGCUGGUGUCAACCCCUUCGCAGCACAGGUCAUAGUCGCUUCUCUCAAAGUACCCACGGUUGUAUCGCUGCCCGCAUCGUCGUGUGUAAUGCGAAAGACUGCGGAGGCUAUUGGACUGCCAACUUUCUUACUGAUGGAGCGCGAAGAUAGGGCGGAGCAUUUCCAAGCAAUCAUGGGUGGGAGGCGGAUCCUGGAUAGAGUGAGCAGGCUCCUAGAUCAGAGGUGGCUGAGCGCGAGCAAUGAGUACAGGACGUAG